CUAAUAUAAUUAACCUAAUACAAUUAUUUAAAUAUGGCAAAUGGACCUUCACAAUUGGGGUAGUUCAUGUGAGGGGGAGCUGGGUUCAGUAUGUCGUACCCACUUCUAUUGGCCCCCAACUCUCACACAAGGCCCAAAAGAGAGCAAUUUAACCUUUAAAUAAACAAUUGUUAUUCAUCGAAUAACCCAAAUCUAAUUGGGCCUAAAUAAAUUUACUUAUGUCAAAAUUUAUUGGGAAUUUUACAAAAAUACUGCUUUUGGACCAAAACUUUACAUUUAUACUGGGACACGGCAAAAACAACAUUUAUACUGCCCCAGCCCAAUUUCAUUACUUUUGUACUGCCCAAGCCCAACAUCAUUUCAUUUCUACUGUGAACAGUAAAACACACGGGAAACAACCUUGUUCGUGUGUGAGGAGACGCCGGAGACGGAAAUCACCAAGAAAAAAACAUUAAAUCCGGCGAAGAGUUUUUUGAAAAGGAAUCAGAAUUGAAGAACAAGACGUACAGAAAACUGUCCCAACAAAAUAACAGAGGUAAUGGAACGUCUACCAGUACUCAUCAAGAGCAAUGGACAAUGGAAUGAAGAUCACAAUUAUGAGAACUAUGUGGCUAGUGGAGAAUUCAUACCAACAAAAUGCAAGUACGAAGAGCUACUGCAAAUACUGGUUACUUCAUUGGGGUGCGAAAACACCAGCACAACACUACAAAUACAGUACCAAGCUAAAGAAGGAAUACCACCGAUCAAAAUAUGCAACGAUCGAAGCCUCUACUUUUACUUGGAAUUAAAAAUGAAGGAAACAGAUUUCACGACAUAUCCACUAUGUGUGAACCAGCAAAACAACAACACAACACGUGCUGCAACACCAAAUUCGAUAUCCACAACAACACCGAAUGAAUAUAAUGUGGCAAUGAUCGAAAACAACACAACAACGCUUGAAAACAACAUAACAACAACAGAAUCAUACACAACGGGACAGCAAACGGAAGAAGUUGAAAAGUCAGAAACAAUAGAAGAUGAGGAGGACAAAUUCGACAUAAUUGACUAUGCAAAUCUGGUUGCUGAAGAAAUGGUAGAACAACUUGAAAACACCAGUAAAAAACUGGAUCCAGAAAUUGACAUCAACAAUGCAAAGUUAAUAACAGACAAGCAACACCCCGAAGUGGAAAAAGGACAGGCAUACAAAGACAAAGAAACUCUAAAAAAUGUCCUCAGCUACUACGCAAUCAAAAACAACUUUCAGUACAAAGUGUGGAAGUCCUGCUCUCAAGAAUACAGUCUGAAAUGUGUUUACGAAAGCUGCAAUUGGUCACUAAGAGCAUCGAGAAAUGGGCCAACAAACACAUUCAUAAUCAGGAGGUUCUCAAAUAUGCACACAUGCCCCAUAAAUAUAAGGCAUGAAGACCAAAGGCAAGCAACAUCGAAACUGAUAGGGGAAUGCAUAAAACCGAAGUUCUUGAACAUAAAGACCAAGGCAACAGCGAUGGACAUAAAAGGGGAGUUGAAAUACAGAUUUGGCAUCAAAAUGAACUAUAUGAAAGCUUGGAGAAGUAAGGAACAUGCAGUAAACGACUUGAGAGGUAAUGCUAGUGACUCGUACAGCCUAAUACCGAGUUUCUUACACAUGGUGGAAAAAACAAACCCUGGAUCAUUUGUGGAUCUGAAAACGGCAGAAGACAACAGCUUGCUCUUUGUUUUCAUGGCGUUGGAUGCAUCCAUAAAAGGGUGGGGAGCAUGCAGACCGAUAGUUGUUGUGGACGGAACGUUCCUCAAAGCAGCUUAUGGGGGAACUUUGUUGUGCGCAUGCACACAAGAUGCAGCAGGUCAUAUUUUUCCACUAGCGUUUUGUGUUGCAGAUUCUGAGAAUGACCAAUCUUGGAAAUGGUUCUUCAAAAAAUUUAAAGAAGCGUAUGGUGUACGGGAACACCAAUGCCUAAUUUCAGACAGAAAUGAAAGCCUCAUCAAAGCAGCGAGAGAAAUCUAUCCAGAAAUUGCACACAGUUACUGCGGUUACCACAUUUUGAGCAACCUUAAAACAAGCUUCAAACAACAUGCUGCCAAAUACAAUCUGCCAUUCUUUGGAGCAGUGAAAGCCUACACAGAAAAGCAAUUCGAGUUCCACAUGGCUGAAUUGGAUGGAUUGGACAAACGCAUAAGACCUUACCUCAAAAAAAUCGGGUAUGAAAAGUGGUCAAGAAUUCAUAGCCAAAACAAGAGGUAUUCCACAAUGACCUCAAACAUAUCAGAAUCACUGAACGCUGCAAAUUUGGCAGCAAGGGAGCUACCAAUUACAACGCUGCUAGAAUGCUUGAGAGCAUUGGUGCAACAAUGGACGCAUACUAAUAGGACAAAAGCACAAAACACCUUCACUAAGCUAUCACCAACUGGAGAAGACAUACUGUUGAAAAAUUACACAUACUCAUUGAAUCUGGAGGUUAAAGCAACAACAGAUUACUUGUUUGAGGUAACAAGAAUGAAAGAAUCGUGGGAAGUAGACCUAGAAAAAAGAACAUGCACGUGCAACAGGUUCCAAAUAGAUGAAAUGCCAUGCGGGCACGCAGUGGCCGUGAUGAGGGAGAUGAACAUGGACCCGUACACCUACUGUUCAGAUUACUACACAAAAAAAAAAUUGGCUGGCAACUUAUUCAGGGACAGUUUACCCAAUAGGACACCAAAGUGAAUGGGAGGUACCGGAAGAAGUGAAAAAUAUUACAGUCUUGCCUCCACAUGAAAGAGUAAAAUCAGGAAGACCAAAAACAUUAAGAAGGAAGGCUGGAUGGGAAAGGGAUCAACACAACAAGUGCAGCAAAUGUGGUGAACUGGGGCAUAACAAAAGAACAUGCAGCAGAAGACGUAGAAGGGAAUAAAAACAACAACAGAACAACAGUGGAAAAACAAAAGAAAACUACACAUACGUUAUGAGAAUUAGAUAUUGAGGAAUUUAAAUUUCUGAAAUACACAGGGAAUACAGUUUUUUAUUUGAAAAACAUUGAUUACAUUGGGAAUUGUUGAUACUCUAGAUUGGAUAUUAAAAGAUGUUGGAUACUAAAUUGAAUAUAUAUAUGAAGUUUGUUAUUGAAACAGUUUGUGUUUUUAAUACUGAAAUGAAUAUUUGGAUUCAAAAAAACAGAGAAACUAUAAGAAAAAAAAAACAAAAAAAGAAUGGAUCUGAAAUGAAAAAACAAACAACUUUAACAUACCAACUUGUUUGUACAUAAAAAUAAUAAGAAAAAACAUACAAAAAUAAAAGAUUACAUAUUGUCCACACAAAGCGUAAGGAAAAACAACAGAACACCAAUGUUUGUUUACGAAAAACAACAUGAAAAACAUUAAAACAACAUUAAAAAACUAUAAGAACAAUGACAGUCUGAUUGAAAAAGCAAAUCACUUCUUGGGAAGGCUAGGAGGGGCCUCGGAUUCACUUUCAAUGUUCUCAGUUUGCUUCUUUAUCCCAUAAUGAUAAAAUAACGCAGCCAAACGAUCGCGGUGAAUUUCCACAUCAAAAUCAGAGGAUGGGAUGGGUUUGCCAUCAAUGAAAUACUCAGCAAAUGAUGCAACAAAAACACCACAA